AUGCCGCGGACCCAAUGGGCGCCCUGCACAUUCGCUUCUGGGACCAUCAGACUUCAGUACAUCGUAAACUCCGCCUCCACGGAACGUCUCGCCUUGGGAGCAAGCUCCGAAUCCAAUUCCUCAGGAACCCCUCCAAAACCCACAUCCCAAGGGACGCCGCUUUACGGGAUCCCGGCCAAAUGCCGGACCCUCAGUCGCUCCAGGCCCCCUCACCCUCAAAGCGUAGCGCCCGCAGCAAACUCGGUUUGGUCCCUAAAACCCCGCCUCCUCUAUAAGCUCCGCCCUAGCUCUGAUAAAACCCCGCCUCCAGGUCGGCAGGCUCCGCCUUCUUUUUGUCUCUGCGGGGUGAUUCAGUCCAGUGAUUGGGUCUGUGGCUCCAGGCCUCGCCUUCAGACCGACAGACUCCUCCCUUUCUUCCGGCCAAAGGACCGAGCCCUGGGGUAGCCACGCCCCCACCUCCCGUUUUUGCGAGUACAUUUUCGUCCCUCCUCCACCCAGAUUUCAGCCUAUUUUCUUUAUAAUCCCAGAACCUAUCCUUUUGUUUUUGGAAGGACAUUUGGGAAGUUCCUGGUGUAGGACCCUUCUCCCUGGGAUAGGAAACAUGCUGUAAAAGCUCUGUAAAUACUCCCUUCCACCUCUCCCAGCCCCUGAGCAGCUGGGCAGAAAGGAAUCCAGGCUAUGGACCUCCCACGUCCCCGCUCCCCGCUCCCCUCGGCGGCCCCCGCCUUGUUCUGAUCUGUGUGUGCGUGUGUGUGAACUUCUGAAAGACGAUAUUAAAGAGACUUAGUUGA